AUGUCAAGCAAGGUCAUCAUCCUGUACGAUAUCCCUGGAAAUGCAGCGAAAGCAUGGUCGCCGAAUGUGUGGAAAGCGAGAUAUGUCCUGAAUUAUAAGGGACUGCCGUACAAGACUGAGUGGGUCGAGUACCCUGACAUAGCUGAUGUCUGCAAACGUGUGGGCGCAGAGCCAACAGCUAUCAGGCGCGAUGGGACUCCAUACUACACGGCGCCCAUACUCUAUGACCCGCUCACAAACUCGUAUGUCAGCGACUCGCUGAACAUCGCUCUGCAUCUCGAACGUGCGUAUCCUGACACACGGAGACUAUUCCCUCCCGGCACGGAAGCGACUAUGUCGAUGUUCCACGAUGCGCUGCGCGACAAAGUCCUGCGUCACAUACUCCCGCUCAUGAUGGAACAUACGCACGCACAGCUGAAUCCGCGCAGUGCGGUGUACUUCCGUCGCACACGCGAAGCAAUGUUCAAGGCUAAAUUUGAGGACCUCGCGCCGCAAGCCAAGCAGGAACAGAUGUGGAAGAAAGUGCGUACUGGUUUGGGGGUGUUCGACGGAUACAUGGAAGUCAAUGGCGAGGGAAGUAUCUUCUUCAUGGGUGACGGGGUGACAUACGCGGACGUUAUUCUAGCUGGGUGGCUAUGUUGGGUCAGGAAUCUUUGGGGAAAAGAUGGGAAGGAGUGGAAGGAAAUUGUGAGAUGGCAUGGUGGUCGGUGGGGAAGGAUCAUGACGGAGUUCGAGAAAUGGGAGCAAGUCGAAGGCACAGAGACUCCUAAGGCAAGACUCUGAAAGAUCUCAUAGGCAGAUAUAUGACUGGUUGUGUAUUGGAGCUGAACUGCCGUUGUAAUCAGUAUAUUGACAUGUUACACCC